CACCCAAUUUCGGAGCCGGUCGGCGGUGGACUGUGUAUCACUGUAUGUGUUCAUGUGUUGUGGUUGUGCUACGACAGGAUGUGAGAUCGCUGACUCUUCCCGGUACCUACCAGGAGAAAAUAGGAGAGCUCGACACCUCCCUUAGACGAUUCUCUCGCCUCAAGCAGUUGGACUUGUCAAGGAAUUCAAUAACCUCACUAGAGGGCAUUGAACAUCUCAAGCUUCUUGAAAAUCUUAAUUUAUAUUAUAAUAAUAUUGAAAAUCUCAAGGAGCUUCACCGUUUACGUCACAACCAGAGCCUCACGGAAUUAGAUCUACGAUUGAACCCAGUGACAAGGAACGAGCCAGACUAUAGACUGUUUCUCAUUCAUAUGUUACCAAGUCUCCGGAAGCUAGACGAUCGGUCAGUUCGAGACAGCGAAAGAAAAGCUGCAUUAGUUCACUUUGCUACGGACCAGGCUGCGGAAUUCCACGACCGACAACCCACAGCGCCACCACAGCCAGAUAAACAUCCAAACGUGAGAGCGGAGUUUGUCAAGAACUUUACGCCCAAAACAGGAGCCUUAGACGAUGACGAUGUUGCCCUCCUGGACCUGAUUGCUCGCACAGGUGGCGACCUGAGCAAACCUCGUCCCAUCACUGGUUCAGCAGCCACGACAGCCGAGGCUGAAAAUUAUUCGACUGAACAAAUCCUAGACCUUGAGAGGAAGGAGACUGCUCAUAUCAAACAGGUGCACAGCCCACCGAGUAAAGACGGCCCACAGGAACAAGUGCCAUUAGACGACGAACCAGAAGACCAAGUUGUAGCCGCUUUACAGAAAAAGUAUCCAAACAUCCCAAAAGUCGCUCCAUCCCCAAAGAAGGACUACGUGACAGAAGAUCCCAAUUUGAAGUUCCAGGAUGAAAUAGAGGCCUACACGGCUUAUAAGACUCAGGGAAACUUCACCCCACAUCCUGACCCUGCUAGUGAGGAGAGCGGCCCGAAGACAAUCAAAGUUCAACGUAAAUCAUCACACCCGAAACCACCGAUGCCAUUCCAGCAGUUACCCGUGUCGAAUGGUGGCACGAACCAGUUCAAUGGGUUCGACCAAGCCUCUGACUUCAGACUGCCGAAAAAAGACCAUGAAGACUUUCUCUUCAAGUUAUGUGACUUGUGCGACAAAUACUGGAACGGGUCAAAAUCAUUACAUAAAAAUCAAAAGUUCAAAAGCCUGGCGUAUAUGCUGAUAGAGGAGAUGCUGCAGGACAGCGUCACCUUCCACGACGACGAGCUGGAGAACGCCCAGCAGCGGAUGGCGCGAUUGGCGCAGGAUAACGUCCGAUUGCGUGAGCAGAAGAAGCGGGAGAUGUUCAACGAGAGUCGCGAGCUUCAGGAUACGCUGAGUAAUGCUAGGAAAGAUGUGGAAAUGAUGAAAGGCAAACUACAAAAGGCUUUUGAAGACAAUCGCGUGCUGUCGUCCAAACUGCGGAGAUUCGAAUCUGGGUCACCAAGUCUGUGUAAGGCGGCAGAGUCGAUGACAACAUCCUCAGAUGAACUUGCGAGACAAAAUGAGCUUUUACAUCACGAAAUCGAGGUGUUAAAGAUCAGGCUUAAACAGUUCAACCAGAUGCAGGAGUUAUCGGCAAUGUUACAAGAAAGUCAUAAAUCCCUUGUCUCAACGAACGAGCACCUUUUAAAGGAGCUGGACGAUUCCCGUGAACGCCACCAGAAUGAAAUCGAACAAAUGACGUGGAGUUACGACCAGCUGAAGAAAACGGUCAGUUAUUUACCAAAUUCUACGACCGAAAAUUCAUCCGAGUUUCACAAUGGACACAUGAACGGUGAAGCUUGAGUUCAAGAUGGAGUUUGCUAUUUCGGACGUUUCAGUUCUUGACUGUUAUUGGAAGUGUAUUCCAAUGGAUUUAGGCAUACGCUGAACUAAUACAUGGCCACAGUGCUGCAAGCAGAGACGAGAAGGUUUCAUGAUAUUGGAAAUGUCCCCAUGAAAACAUCAGAUGUAUCACGAAGUGAGGGGGUGGUUCUCAGUAGGCCCGAGGCUUUCUCCAAAUGUUCAUUUUCAAAAAUACACUAUUCACAAUCACGUUACGCUGUGAAGUUUGGAUGUAGGAGUGUAUUUAUUUAAGAGGAUAGACUUGUAGGAUGUGCCUGUAUACUUUAGAGUGUAUGUGUUGCAUAGAUUUUAUGUUGACGAACUCUGGCGGCGGUAAGUGCCCUCAUAUUUCCUUGUCUGUUCUGGAGGCAGCUUUCAUGUAGUCUGUUCCGUCAGAAACUUUUUGCCAACUGAGGCUGUGCCAAUGACGUCAUGACAGAAAACUUUGCCAUUUCGGACUUUAAAUCUCCCUCACUGGCCCACAUGGUAAGCUUUGUUAUUGGCUCAAUAAUGUCGCUUGUGAAAUGUUGUGAUGUCACCCAUGACGUCAUCCACACGUCACACAAUUUGUAGGCGAUAAAAACAGGGUCAAGGACACAAAGUGAAGUCCAAAAUGGAUGAGUGAUUGACGUCACUUCACAACCUCUAUAGAAAUGUCGUGCUGGCAUGACAAAAUAAAGGUUCAAAGUAAAUUCAAAUUCAAUUCAGUUGUUCCUUGUAUAGGUACACUUAAUACCAGUAGUUCUUGAGGUAGACACUAGGUAGUGCUGCUUGUAGUGUAAUAAAAGAUUGGGUGCUUUAGAUCAAGAUAUUGCAAACUUUUAAUUCAUAGACAUCAUUGCCCAUUGAUGGUGGAGCAUACUACAUAAUUUUUAAGGUACCAACAACACAGAUGGAGAAUAGAAGGUGGCUGGGGUACCAACAGCUUUGUAAUAAUGCCCUUUCAAAUAAUAACACCGGUUCGUAAAGGAUGCUGGUAUGAUUUUACUGGGAGUGGGUAAAUACAUGUACAGUAGAACCUCUCUAUUGAGGACUUCCUCGGGUCUGACAGCUGACCUUAAUAGAGAGGUGUGCUGAUUAGAGAGGUCAAAUUGAAUGGAAACAAUUUGGGACCAAAAUGAGUGUCCUUAAUAGAGAGGUGUCUGCUUAGGGAGAUUCCACUGUGUUAGAAAAUGACCAAUUGAACAAAUGAUUGAUGAACUGGUUAAAUCACUUUGAAACCUAGGGGAGGCUUUGGUUUCAGCGCGUCAAUAAUCAAAACUAUGACUUGUGCUUGAAUGUACAUGUAUCAUUAUUGUUAGGCCCAGUAUUACUGUUACUACUAAGGUUGAUAGACCGUUAGAUAUUUUAUGAACAACUUCAAUAGCAUAGCAUUUUUGUGUCCAUGACAAAAUAUUGUGUCCAGAUUGGAAAAAAAACUUGUAAAUAAUAUUUGUGUUUGCCAACAUUCCAUUGAAAAUUAAGUUUGACUCUAAUACGGAUUAUCCCUAAAGCUGCUUACCUUUGAAAAACUUGAAACAGUGCUACUGCUGGGACAUGUAGACAGCUUGGUUCACCAUGUAUUUUGGACCGAUUGCCUAAUCGGGUGCAAAUCACCUUUCUGGAUGUACAUUACUUCCAAUCGGGAUGAAAAGGCAUUCUUAUCUCAAAUACGUCCAACCCUCACUUUUAUAACAGCAAGUCUGGUCAAGAGAGGUGUAAGUUCAGUAGAACUUGUUGAAGGGACUGGUGAGGUCUUUGAGCCUUGUUUGUGAGGAUAUGAAAAGUGACCUGCCCAAAACACGAGUAUCAUAACUUCAAUCUGAUGCCACAUCCUUGGUGAUUGUGCCUGAUCCAACGAAGAGUCUGCCUGUUAAGUGCAUCUGUUCUACUUCUUGUGAAUUGAAUGUGUAGUUUCACAAUGCUGUAAUAUAUUUGUCAAAAUCAUUAUGGAAUAAAUUUUUUUAUAAACUA